GUAUAAUAUUCUCCUAAUCAUAUGCAUUAUGAGUUUGAUUUAAUGUAAGUUAAAGGUUAUUAGACCACCAAAUCUAAUAACAGAGAAUAUUGAUUAUAGUAUUGCCAACUUUGGGUAGUUUAUAUAUUGUAUGAAAAAUAGAAUAAUACCAUUUGGACAUCGUUUAAUGGGAGCAGUAGAUAUGGCUAUACCUAAAAAUGGAUGUAGUGAUCUCUAACCUACUUAUGGAGCUUAAUUUAUUUUAAUAGAAAGAGGUGAUUGCACUUUUGUUACAAAGGUUAGGAAUGCAGAGAAGGCUGGGUAUUCAUUAGCAAUUAUUGGAAAUAAUAAUGAUGAUCCAUUCUAAUCUGAUUUUGAAAUGGCUGAUGAUGGUUAUGGAUAUUAGGUUAAUAUAUUAAGUUUUAUUUUAGGUAUAAAUACCUUCCAUAUUCAUUAAAAAAAAACAUUUUGAUUAAUUAUAAAAUAAAGCAUGGAAUUAUUCAAUAGCUGAUACUAAUGAUGAAAAGAUUAUGUUACUUUUAAAAUUUGAUGUUGUCAAAUCAGAAAUUGUAUCUGUUAUAUUUGGAUUAAAUUUAUAAGAUAGGGAGUCUUUCAAAAUUAUUGAUGACUUUAAACCAUAUUAUAUUAAACUUUAAGAUCAAAACAUUAAUUACACUCUUGUAUAUUCGAUAAUGAAUUUUUAAUCAGAAUCUUAUAAAAAUAAUGAAACUAAUCCUGAUUGUAUAUGCUAAAAUAGAUAUUGCGCAUUUGAUCCUGAUGGUGAUGCUAUUGGAACUGGAAAAGAUGUAGUCAAUGAGGUCUUAAGAGAAACAUGUAUAUUUUAAAAAUAUCCUUAAAAAUGGUUUGAAUAUAUGGUAAAUAUUAGAUAUAAAAAUAGGAUCAAUUCAAUUUCAAAUGUACCAGAGUUUAAUCCUAUUCAGUUUGUAGUUAAUAAGUGAUGGAUAUGGUAGGGAUUCCUAAAUAGGAAAUUAAAAAUUGUUUUGAUGAUUCCUUUGUUGAUUAAAAUACUUCUUUACCAACCAAAAAUGAUACAAACGUAAUCAAUAUUUUACUGGAAAAUUAAUUACAUAUAUAAUAGAUUGCUGGAAUGAAUGGAUAUCCAUCAGUUCUUGUCAAUGCAUAAACCUACAAAGGUUAAAUCACUGGGAAAGGAAUUUUUGGAGAGAUUUGUAACUGUAAAUUAAACAUCUAAAUAUAGGUUUUGAAAAAACUCCCAAAUUAUGCAGUUUUGAAGUUGAUGAUUAUUCCUCUCCUAAUGUAGAUGAAUCAUUUACUCUUUACAUGGUGAUUAUAACUGUUAUAGUUGUUAUAUUGUUAGUACUUGGAUUUUACUUUUUGAGUAAAUUGAUCAAAAAAGAUAGUUAAGAAGUCACACAACCUAAGGUGAAUGAGAUGGUUAGUCAAUAUAUUAAGUUUUAUGAGGGGAAGGAUAAACAGAAGGAAGGUUCUAUUUGAAAUAUUUUAUUGAUGAACAUGAAUUCAAUUUAAC